CGUGAGGCGGCUGAGUGGGUCGGCUCACCUUAGUUAGUUAGCUAGUUAGUUAGUUAGCACUCGCUCGCUCGCGUAGAAGGUUCACAUGCAGCACCACUGACCACGCGGGAGGACAUGCUCCUCGCAACCCCCACAGGAAAUUACUACUCCUGACUGAGAUCGAAACAAGAAGCGCUUCUCGGAGCUAAUUUGGUUUGCACAAUUCGCAGACACACGACAAGAGGUCCUAAAAACGAAAUGACAGUGCCAUUUAAAUCCCGGCUGGUGGUGAUAUUCGCCAUUUGGGGCGUUGGACUUGCGAUGACGGUCAAUGGACCUGACAAAGGUGGGACAGAUUCGGACAAAGAAGACCACCACGGGAGAGAAAAUCGUGGUCUGUUUGCUCCAAGGGUGGAGUACGACGAGUGGACGCCGCUGGGGCACGGCGACCCUUUGAAAAACGACCCCACGUAUGACUACGUGCCACCGGUAUUGGAACGGGUGCGCUACUGGAUCGAGCCGAGUGCCCCCAAAAAGCAGCAAACCCCUUCUAGUGCGGCGCCCCAACGACCUUUGUACGGCCGCCCCCCGCGACCUCCACCCCCAACCUCUCAGUACAACGACGGAAGCAACGCGGCCGACAGGCGAGACAAUCACCCUUUUCUGACCCUGGUCGACGGGCCCAAGUUCAACCUACCACCUUCAUCUCCCUACAAGCAGCCAACCCCUUCCCGACCUUUGUUCACCCGUCCCCCUUACAGACCCCCUCCUCCUCGUCCUUCUUUCACCACCCCUACCCCCACAGAGGCCACGACCACCACCCUUAUACCCACCUGGAGCUACCAGACCAGCACGACCACCCCUCCGUCGCCAGUUUUCCUCACCCCCAACGCGCCCAGGUUCACUACUUCCUCCCCCACACCCCCUCCGACGGCAAGACCUACCACCGCGUACACUACGUCCGCCUCCCUGACCACCGACCCGCUUUUCGCGCACUACAAACAACCCUCCGAACCCCUGCAGGGGCCGAUGUACCUGAUAAUCGAAGGACACUCCAAAGUGAAGACUUAUGGGGCCGGAAAGCCCGCAAAUCCAAACGCAGUCAGCGAGUCGAGUCGGAGGCAGAAGAGGCGGCGGCGGAAAAGAAGGCUAAUCAACUCCUUCCUCAAGACUUUCUUAUAGUUUUUUGUGCAGACAAUUAGAUUUAGUGACUCUUGAACAAAAGACACACAUUCAGCUUAUAAGUUUGAUAUUUAACUGGCUUGAAUAUCUUUGGAAUCAGUGCGUCCGCAGGGUCGUUGCAUUCUUCCCUUCUGUGUUCACCUCACAAUAAUCAUUUUCUCAAUUAAGUUAUUACAAUUAUAUUAUUCUAUAAACCACCCUCUCGGAGUUGGUUCAUAGCUUAAGAGGCUCAUAAAUCUUUGUUCUCCAAAGAUUUUUCAAAUACAUAAUGAAAUAUUCGUUUAUUGUUAGGAAAAAAAUCAUACAAACAUUUAGGAACGCCCGACUUCUUGUAAAAAGUUACCGCAUUUCUCAACCUAUAGUCAGUGCUAUUUUAUUUUUUAUUUUUUUUAGGAAAAGUAACACAAACUUGUAACUGACGAACACAAGAUUGUUGUAGUUAAAUUUACAGUAAGCAAUGUGUGUUAUGUCUAGCUGAAGUUUCCGCGCGUUUUCUUUUCGCAUUCCUCUCUUGCAAAAUAAAAAAAGUGUACUCAUCCGCAAGGAGCAGCGCGGCUCAUUCAUGUUCAGAUCGACGGAGAAACGCAGCCAGUCUCACUCACUCAUUCAUCAACUUUCUUGCUUUGAUAUAUGUGUGAGUGAGUGCACCAUGUACGGACAUCUGAUUUACUCUUUUUUUGUGCAGCCAGUGUUGAUUAGUGGAUCAGUAUGUCGCUAAUGUGUUUCAAAGGAAUCCUGCCCGCUUUGUUGAUUUAUGCGCGCUUUUUUGCCGCGUCUGCUGCCGCUGCAUUCGUGACUUGCACUUUAUGUGUGAGAGCCAAUUUUUGUAAAUGUAUACAUUGUCGUGAAUUUGUAAGAUUUUUAUAUGCAUCCAAAAUUUGGACAAUAUACCCAACGCUUCCUUUACUCCUGUACAUUCAAUCAAAUGCGAAAAACUAUUGCUUUAACAAUAUAUGUUUUGAGUGCAAAUAUUAAA